GCAAAUUAACAAUCUUGUGAUUGAUUCUUCACUUCACUUCAUUGCUCAAUGGCAAACCCCAUUGAUUUUCUCCUCAGCCCAACACCAUAUGUGGCUACAACCCUUCUUUACGUUCUCUUCUCUGUUCUUAUUGUUAGAUUCCUCAGCAGAAAGCUGCUCGGGAAGAAGAGGUACCAUCCCAUUGGUGGUACCGUGUUCAACCAGCUGCUGAACUUCUAUAGGCUGCAUGAUUAUAUGGCUGAUCUUGCAGGGAAGUACAAGACUUACAGACUGAUUGCCCCUUUUCGGACUGAGGUCUAUACAUCUGACCCCGCUAAUGUUGAGCACAUGUUGAAAACGAAUUUCGAAAGUUAUGGCAAGGGACCUUACAAUUGCAGCAUUCUGGGGGAUUUGUUUGGUGAAGGAAUUUUCGCAAUCGAUGGCCAUAAGUGGAGGGAGCAGAGAAAAGUGUCAAGCCUUGAGUUUUCUACAAGGGUUCUGAGGGAUUACAGUAGCAUCGUCUUCAGGAAAAACGCCGUAAGGCUCGCAAAAAUUCUGUCUGGAGCUGCAACUUCCAACCAACCAGUGGAUAUUCAAGAUCUUUUCAUGAAAUCAACUUUUGAUUCUAUUUCGGAAGUUGCUUUAGGAGUUGAGCUUGACAGCUUGGGUGGUUCAAAUGAAGAAGGUGCCAAAUUUAGCAUUGCUGCAGACGACGUGAGUAUGAGGACACUUUGGAGAUACGUGGAUGUUCUGUGGAAGUUAAAGAGAGCUCUAAAUGUUGGUUCAGAAGCAAAACUGAAGAAAAGCCUUCAAGUGGUUGAUGAAUUUGUGUAUAAGCUGAUUCAUAGUAGGACUCAGCAAAUGAACAUGCCAGGAAAUGAUUCUGUUAUGCAGCUGAAGAAAGACGACAUUUUGUCAAGAUUCUUGCAACUUACUGAGGCCACUCCCAAGUACUUGAGGGACAUAACAAUAAGCUUUAUAGUUGCUGGUAAAGACACAACAGCAACAACUCUCUCCUGGUUUAUUUACAUGCUUUGCAAGUAUCCUCAUGUUCAGGAAAAGGUGGAGCAAGAGAUAAAAGAUGCGACAGGCUGCAAAGAGGUAGCAGAUAUCUCAGAAUUUUCAGCCUGUGUGACAGAAGAAGCUUUGGGCAAGAUGCAUUAUCUCCAUGCAGCAUUGACAGAAACACUGAGGAUUUAUCCAGCAGUUGCGGUGGAUGCAAAGCAAUGUUUGUGUGAUGAUAUAAUGCCGGAUGGGUUCAGUGUUAAGAAGGGGGACAUGGUGGCUUAUCAACCAUAUGCAAUGGGAAGGAUGAAAUCCAUAUGGGGUAAUGAUGCAGAAGAGUUCAAACCAGAGAGAUGGCUUGACAAAAACGGUUGCUUCCAGCAGGCCAGCCCUUUUAAGUUUACAGCUUUCCAGGCCGGCCCUCGUCUUUGUUUGGGGCAAGAGUUUGCUUAUCGGCAGAUGAAGAUAUUCUCAGCCAUUCUGCUGAGAUUCUUUACCAUGAAACUAAGUGAUGAAAGAAAGACAGUAAACUACAGACCAAUGCUCACUCUUCUCAUCGACGGUGGUCUCAUUGUCCGCCCCUUUCACAGAAUGGACGAGAAAACUGCAUGAAACUUAGAUUGCUGUGGGGUCUCAGCUGUUCUACUCUGAAGCUGCAUGCACUAUCAUAGUUGUUCUAAUGAUGUAACCUUUGUUCCUAAAUAAUAUAGUGCGCCAGUUUCACAUAUUUAAGUUUUAUUAGCCUGAGAUCCUGACAGGAAAAUGAAACCAAUGGCAACCAUUGUUUUCUC